UCUUUAUUAGUUGUUUACGCAAUUUAUUCUUCAAUAAAAAAAUUCUUUUUCAAGUUACUUAAUUUCAUAAAAUAUUAUCCAUUUAUAUAUUAAAUGAUGUCUGUAAUGUAAACAAACAUUGUUUUUAACAGAAAGUUUAUGAGGUUAUAGUUAAUUUUCAUCGAUCGAUUUCAUUUGACAGUUGUAAAAAUGACUAGUAGAGGAUAUAAAUCUAAAACGGGAGAUGAUGAUGAAGUAAUCCUGAGUUUUGAUGAUUGUUUGCUCCGAAAAAGUGAUGUUAAUUUACUUAAAGGUCCUUUUUGGUUAAAUGAUGCGAUUAUUGGUUUCUAUUUCACUUAUUUGGAAAAAUCUACUCAUACAUUUGAAGAUAACGGAUAUGACAAAAUAAGAGGAAAAGUAAAAUAUUUCAGUCCAGAAAUAACUCAAUUUUUAAAAAUGGUUAAAUCAGUAUCAGAAUGUUCAAUGAUGCUGGAUUGUGUGAUUACUAAAGAUAUCCAAUUUAUAUUUUUUCCUCUGAAUGAUUGUCAAAAAUAUGAUGAUGCUGGAGGAACUCAUUGGAGUCUUUUAGUUUAUUCAAACCCGGAAGACAAAUUUUUCUAUCUGGAUUCUAUGAAGUCUGAUUAUAAUCGGUCAAUGGCUAAAUCAUUUGCCAAUGGAAUCAAUGAGUACCUUAUUACGAAUAAUUUAAAAAAUACUCAAUCAACUUCAAUGAGCUUUAAAGAUAUACAAUGCCCUCAACAAACUAAUGGUUAUGACUGUGGAGUAUUUGUGCUUACCUAUGCUGAAAUAAUAUUACAGCACGUUAAAUCUAAUUUAAAAGUUGAGGGAUGUAAUUUUAGUAAUGUGAAUAAAUUAGUUUCAUCUCAACGAUCAAAACUAUUAACUCUUAUUGACGAUCUUAAAAAUAAAGACAGUUGAUUAUAAUUAUAA